AUGGAUACUCUGUCAAUUGAGCUGGGUAAAUGGACCAAGUCAAUGUUAUUUGACUUCGACCUGUUCAAGUCACUCCCAACAGGUGUUAAGUUACGUGAUGAAUUGUUGCAAAAACUUUUUUGUCGACCUGGUUCUGGUUUACCAUCAAAUUCAUUAGAUGUUGCAAAUAUAUUACAAUCAGUUAUUUUCGAACUCAAAAACCUCUCUCGGAGUAAUUUUAAAAUGUACAGUAAGCUCAACUGUCUUAUUAUAACGGGUUCCACUGAUAAUACCGUUAAACCCAAACUUCCCCCAAUUAGUAAGCCUAUGCAAGCAACCCAACCAACUUCUGAUAGUAAGAUCUCAGAUAUAAAGAGAUUAAAGAGACACACCUCAACAAGUAACCAAGCACCCAACUUAUGCCUCCUUUCAUAACCAAUUCCCCCUUCAAAGCCUAAAUGAGGUAUUAGAACCAUAAUUUUGGCCUGAAAGUGUCAUUGUGAAACGUUUUUGGGGUCGUCUUCAACUAGCUAUGUUAGUUCCCCAAUUUUUU